AUGGUGGAAAUGAUCCCUGAAAAUUGCGACCAUGUUGUUCCAGAUCACGAUUCCAAGCCUUCUUCAGCCUCCGAAACAAUUAAAACCCUAGAAGCUGCGACAUGCGAGUUGGACGGUUAUGUCAACGACAAAGGUAUUGCUACACAAGAAGUUGAGGGUUCUGAUUUGGUUGAUGAGAGUAGUGAGUCAAAUGGAACUCAAGAAGCUUCGUCAUAUCAGGGACAGACCCUUCCAAUUUUGCAGAAGAUCAUUGAUUUGAGUGCCAAAAUUCAGGAUUUGAAGAAAGACCAUACUGUCUUGUCUGAUCAAGUCAAGCUCACUACACAUUCCUUUCCAGACCCUGAAGUUUUAAACACUAUUCAACUGCUAAGUAUGGAACAUGAACUUUUAAAGAAGAAGUACCUUGAUGAGUCCUCUGAGCGGAAGCGACUUUACAAUGAAGUAAUCGAGCUUAAAGGCAACAUCAGGGUUUUCUGCAGAUGUAGACCUUUGAAUCCAAAUGAAAUUUCAACUGGAUCUAGUUCCGUUAUUGAAUUCGAAUCCUCCUUAGAUAAUGAGCUCCAGGUCAUUUGCUCUGAUUCCUCAAAAAAGCAGUUUAAGUUUGACCAUGUGUUCAGACCUGAGGACAACCAAGAGGCUGUUUUUGCUCAAACUAAACCCAUUGUGACUUCAGUAUUGGAUGGCUUUAAUGUCUGCAUUUUUGCCUAUGGACAAACUGGGACUGGUAAGACUUUUACAAUGGAGGGAACCCCUGAAAAUAGGGGUGUUAACUACAGGACUCUGGAGGAGUUGUUUCGGAUUUCAAAAGACAGAGGUGGUUUCAUGAGAUAUGAAUUAUGUGUUAGCAUGCUGGAGGUUUAUAAUGAGAAGAUAAGGGACCUCUUGGUCGAUAGCACCAAUCAACCAACAAAGAAGUUGGAAAUAAAGCAAGUUGCAGAGGGAACCAUAGAUGUUCCAGGACUUGUUGAAGCGUGUGUUUAUGGCUUUGAAGAGAUGUGGGAACUUUUGAAGUCUGGAAGCCGAGCUAGAUCUGUUGGAUCUACCAGUGCUAAUGAGCUGAGCAGCCGUUCUCACUGCUUGUUGCGAGUGACUGUUAAGGGGGAGAACUUGAUAAAUGGGCAGAGGACUAGGAGUCAACUUUGGCUAGUAGACUUGGCUGGUAGUGAGCGUGUGGGGAGGAUUGAUGUUGAAGGUGAAAGACUGAAGGAAUCUCAGUUUAUAAACAAAUCUCUCUCGGCCCUUGGUGAUGUUAUCUCAUCCCUUGCAUCUAAAACAGCCCACAUUCCUUAUAGGAAUUCGAAGCUGACUCAUAUGCUGCAGAGUUCUCUAGGAGGAGAUUGCAAAACCUUGAUGUUUGUCCAGAUCAGCCCAAGUGCCUCAGAUCUUGGAGAGACACUGUGUUCCUUGAAUUUUGCCAGCCGGGUCCGGGGAAUAGAGAGUGGCCCUGCUCGCAAACAGGCAGACCUCACUGAGCUAUUCAAGUACAAACAAAUGGCAGAAAAGGCUAAGCAAGAUGAGAAGGAAACAAAAAAACUACAGGAUGGCUUACAGUCUUUGCAGUUGAGGCUUGCUGCAAGAGAACACAUCUGCAGAAAUCUACAAGAAAAGGUUCGAGACCUUGAGAACCAAUUAGGAGAGGAAAGGAAGACAAGACUGAAACAGGAGACUAGAGCUUUUGCAGCUGCUUCUCAUCAGUCUUCAGCAUCAUCAUUUCGGAAACAAGCAGCCCAGAAGACUGCUGUAGAGAAGAAGCCACCGUUGGCUCCUUCAAAAUCGAGGCUACCUCUGCGAAGAAUUACCAACUUCAUGCCCCCAGCUUUACCACCCAAAAAACCCAGCUAUACAACUUCUGUUGUCCCAUCUUCAAUGGAUGGCAAAGAAAACAUUUCCACAACAUUGGCAGGAAGAAACCAAAAAAGCCUAAUUUUACCAAGACGAAUCUCCAUUGCUGUCAGACCUCCAACUACAACAACCUCGCAGAUUCUUCAGCCUAAGAGACGGGUCUCCAUUGCUACCUAUCGCCCUGAGCCAAACUCUCACAUGACGACGCCCCUCCAUACUUCUGCCUCCCGAUUUAACAAUGGCAGACAGUCAUUCAUGAGGGAUCCACGAAAGGCACGGUAUUCCAGGCUGUUCUCUCCAAUGCCUGAGUUGACAACAGAAGCUGAGACAACACCAGCUACCAUGAGGAGGAGCAGUAAGUUCAUGGGUAGUCCCCCGGCACAGCUUGGCUCAGCAAAGGAGAGGCAUCCAACAGCUGUUGCAUUACAGCGGAAACCAGUAAUUUGGAGUCCGCUCAAGUUGAGAGGCAUGAAAAAUAACAGAAGGCCAUCACUGUUACUGCCUUCCCGAGUUUCUUAUGAGAUGCAAUGAAUGAAGUAGUCACUGUCUAUAUUUUCAAACACCUUGGAACAGUAAAUCCUUUUUCUUUUCUUUUCUUUUUUUGGUAUUUACCUUUUAACUUCUGGGAGUUGCAAUUGUAUGCUUCUUGCUUACCACCAAUCAUUCAUAUUUUCCCUACAAAGUUUUCGAG